GUGGUUCACUUUGUAAUAAAAUGCCAAAUCCCAAACCCAAACUCCAUAUAAAGCUAAUCAAACCAGAGAACUCCAGUUCCUCACGCCUGUUUCUUUCUUUCUUUCUUUCUUUCUUUCUUUCUAUAAUAUCCCCUAUUUGACCCUUUUCUCCAACUUGAUUUCCUUUGUAUUCAGUUUUCACUUCUUUCUAUAUAUAAACAAAACACUGAGUACAUCAUCUUCCAUCGCUGCCACCAUGUCGUCAGGUAUAUGUUCACAAGGCUUGGUCUUAGCUACUGCUAUGGUUGUUUCCAGCACUGUUAUUUUCCUCACUUUUUCAAGGCAAAAAACCUUGUCUCCUCCUCCUAAACAAACCCUUCGUUCUUGCUUGUCUUCAGAUGGAAAGAAAAGGGAUAAAAAGAGGAAGAAAAAAGUACAGUUUGCUGAGAAUGUUAAAGAAACAAGUGGCGAUGGACAAGAAUACAGAAAAGAACAACACAAUAAGUUAAUUGCAGCAGCAUCAAGAAGAAGAAGAAAAAUGGAUGGGUUUUGCAGAAGUGAAAUGCCGGCUAAUAGGAUAGCUUUGUACAAUGGAAUUCUCAGGGACCGUGUUCAUGUUCAUAAAAUGGAGUGUUCAUAUUGAUUAUUUUGAUUACCUCUUCUCCUUAGCUUUUGCAGACCAAAAAAAUGUAAAACUUUUUCUCUUUGUUUAGAAUGUAAAUAUUAUCACUCUGUCCAAAUUAUGAGUCUUUUUUAAGGAAAA